AGGCCGGUCGAUCCUGGCUCCCCCUAGUUCCAUCCGUUCUCACCGUCGCAUUCCCGGGAGCAUCUGUCUCAAGCAUUCCCUCUUUCUUCUGUCGUCAUAUUUAAAUAGGUAAUAUCUGCUUUCCUACUGGUUGAUUGACAUGGCUGCUGGGAGAAUCAUCAGCCAGCAGCUUCUGAGAAAGAGGCAUCAUAUUCAAUCAUGUAAUUCGACGUGGCCAACAAGUUUACCAACAAUCUUGUGCUUCUUGUCAUUCAUUUUCUCUGUUUUCAUAUCGAAAUCUGGUCGGUGUGGUAUACGCCGAAGAAGAGAGAAAGGGUGUGACUGCUGACAUUGAGGUGGUCGACGGACCAAAUGAUGACGGUGAAGCAUUCGCACGUCCUAGCAAACUAUGUGACCCUUUCCGUCGGUCACAUCAGAUUGAACGAGCAGCAAUGACUUAUAAUUCAGACUUAAGCUUCAUAAAAAUGAUUCGAGAGUGCCUGCACUACAAUCCUUGCUUCUCUGCUGUAACCACAACACCGAGAGUGCUCGCAGUCACAGAUGAUCCAGUCAAUGCCACUCUUGCUCCUGACUCACUGAAGGAGAAGGGGAAGGAUGUUGUGACAUUCUUAUCAUGGGCAACAGAACCUGAAAUGGAAGAGAGGAGGCUGAUGGGUUUCAAAUGGAUAUUUGUGUUGUCGCUUCUUCUUCUCCAAGUUGCUUGUUAUCGGCGCUUGAACGGAUCAGUUCUCAAGUCGAGAAAGAUGGCACUCAAUUGUGUUAGCUAAUCCACAUGUAAAUGUAAAACUACGCUUAUGAACAAAUGCUAUGCUGUCAAGCAGUUCUUCCUGGAAGAUUGUUGUAUAUGUGACUCUUGUAUGUCGUAGUUAUUGCCAUGGGAUGAUAUCAGUCAAGCAAACAAGUCCAUCAUUGAUUUGUGAAAUAGAUGUUAUUUUUGAAGCACUUGGUACAAAGAUGUGUAUAUAUAUAAAAAAGAAAAUAAUAACUUA